AUGAGUGACAAUAAUACGGCCAAUGAAACAGCACCAGUCCCUAGUUUUGAACUUGCAGACACUGUAUUUCUAGCACAACAAGAGGAAAAUGAACAAUUGAUUAAUAAAAUUACCAAAAGUAUUCGUGAUGCAGAUAUGGGACCUUAUUACUAUUACCUUUAUUAUGACAUGAAGCUCCCAGGCUUAGAGUGGGACCAGUCUUUGUAUGAUGAGAUGAUAAAGUCGAGUGAAGCCAAGGUGAAGGACAUUGAGUCAGAAAUUGAAAAGCUUGAGAAGGAAGAUGAAUCGGAAAUCGAGGUUCUUAAAAAAUGGACACAAUUGGGAGAAUACUAUGCUCAAAUUGGAGAUAGUGAAAAGGCAGAAAAGACUAUUCUCAAAACGAUCGAGUUGGCACCAAGCACUGGAUCCAAGAUUGAUCUACUCUUAUUGAUAUCCAGAAUUGGGUUUUUCUACAACGAUUUGAUUUUCGUGAAGAAGUACCUUGACAAGGCGAAAACUCUAAUUGACAAAGGUGGUGAUUGGGAGAGAAGAAACAAGUAUAAAACGUAUUAUGGAGUCUACUUGGUUUCAAUCAGGCAAUUUGAGGAGGCAAGCCAAUUAUUGCAUGACUCGUUAACUACAUUUACCUGUACUGAGUUGACUACGUACGAGAAGAUUGCACAGUACGCCAUUAUGAGCGGAUCAAUCACAUUUGAGAGGAACGACUUGAAGGGUAAAUUGAUUGAAAGUUCAGAGAUUUUGUCGGUCAAUUCCAACAAUGAUUUGUUAUUACCAAUUUACAAGUUAGUCAAGUCUUUGUACUUUACCGAGUAUAUCAAUUUUUUCCCAUCAUUGUUAGAAACCUACGAUUUGAUUCUAGUAAAGGACAGAAACCUCAAGCCACAUGCAGACUAUUAUUUACGGGAAAUACGUUGUCGUGCGUAUAGUCAAUUGUUGGAGAGUUAUAGGACGCUAUCUCUAAAGUCCAUGGCGAAAUCGUUUGGCGUUGGAAUCGAAUUUUUAGACGAUGAUUUGAGCAAAUUCAUUCCCAAUAAGAAGCUAAACUGUAUUAUCGAUCGAGUCGAAGGCAUUGUUCAAACCAAUAGAAGUGAAAACAAAAAUGCCCAGUAUCACCAAUUGAUCAAAAACGGUGAUGCCUUGUUGACCAAGUUGCAGAAGUACGGUGCUGCAGUUCGUCUAAGCGGAGCUGAAAAAGUUUAG